AUGUCGAAGAUACAUCCGUCGGAGAGCAAGCCCUGGCGGGGCAUCCCCACUGCCGCCGCUGCGCCCGGCGGCACCGCCGCCUGCCCGUCGGUGUGGACGGUGUGGAAGAGCUCUAGCAUGGCCUUCCACGGCACCGACGGCUUCUCCGUCUUCGACUGCAACGGGAAGUUGGCAUUCCGUGUCGACAACUACGCGAGGAGAAGCAAGUGCGCCGCCGGCGACGUCGUCCUAAUGGACGGCGAGGGGAGGGCCCUCCUCACCUUGCGGCCUCAGGUAAACCCGCCGUCGUGAGCACUCUCCCUCACUAAAAAAUAAUCAGGCUUGUCUCCCUCUCUCUCUCUCUAACUUGAUGGGAGUUUUGGUGCACAGAUCAUGAGUGUCCAUGAUCAGUGGAACUGCCUGGAAGGCGACGGCGGCUCUAGGCAGAACCCGACGGCCCUGGUCUUCUCCAUGAGGCGGCGGCGGUUUCUGCAGAGCAGCGACGAGGCAGAGGUCUUCGUGGGCGGCGCCGCCGCCGCCGCCGCGGGGUACCGCGUGGAAGGGAGCUUCCGGCGGAGGAGCUGCAAGAUCCUCCGCCGUGCCGGCGGCACGGAGCAGGAGGUGGUGGUGGCGGAGAUCAGGAGGAAGAUGGCGACCAGUUCCGUCGCUCUAGGCGACGAUGUCUUCUGCUUGAUCGUUCAGCCCCGCGCCGCCGACGUGAAGCUGCUCGUGGCGUUUAUCGUCGUCAUGGACAGAAUAUGCCGGAGGCAUCGCGUGCCCCUGCUGUGCUCGUGA